GCGGGUCCAGACGCGAUGCGGGCGGACACGCGGCGGCGGCUGGCCGCGGCGCUCGCGCUCUUUGCCGCGGCGCUGUGCGGCUCGCGCGCGGAGGUGAUCGAUGACGUCCUGGGCAGCGUGUCGCGCGGGGUGUCGUUCCUGGAGCGGCAGCACGAGCACAUCAACCUGGACGGGGCGGUGGGCUUCGUCAUGCUGCAGGCGGAGCUGAAGGAGGCGGUCCGGACGUGGCCUCACACCGACCCGCUCAGCUGGGCCCAGAGGACCACCGCCGUCGCUCUGCUCAAACGCCUGGACCAGAGCCUGGAGAAGGCCGUCGCCGCCCUGCAGGAGAACGACCCCAAGUACUACUGGGAGUUCGAGCCUCUGCUGUCGUGGACCUUCUGGAUGGUUCCUCAGGAGUGGCGCGCCACCGACCCCAGCCUGGUCUACUCCUCCACCCUGACCACCGAGUGCUACGACGAGCAGCUCAGCGACAAGUGCCUGACGCUGCUGCUGGGAACCUGGAAGAUGAACGGGACGCCCUGCAUCGUCACCAGGCCCUGCAGGGACACCAUGACCCGCUUCGGCUGUCCUCACUACUCCCUGUCACACCAGCUGCUUUAUUUCAUGAUCGGGAAAAUGAGAGGCUGCAGCGACCUGCUGAAGGGCGACACGCGGGCGUCCAGAGCCAACAUGACGGAGCAGAACUACCAGAGGAUCUUCUGCUCCAACAUGAUGAAGACCAACCAGGACAUCAUCCGAGACGGCCUGACCGAGCAGACGCUGGACAUCUUCAUCGAGAACAUCCUGAUCUGUGGAUUGGCCGGUUUCUCAGACUUCCUCAAAGCUGAUUGGCUGCAGCACAUCCUGAGACUGCAGGACGAGGAAGUGGGCUGCUUCGGGAGAGACAAGAGCAUCAUCUCCCAGAUCAUCGGAGACGAGCUGCUGGAGCAGCUGCAGCCUCACAGGAGGGUGAAGAGGAGGGAGAAGAUCCUUCCAGACGGAUGCUCCAGCCACAUGACGGCGGUGGCGGUCGGCGCUCUGGGAGGAUACCUCAACUUCUACCUGGCGGAGCAGGACAUCACCAAGAGGCCGCUCACCUGAGCCAGUCCAGGGAGCGCCAGCGUCCAAUCACAGAGCAGAUUCA